AUGGUUAAAUUAGAUUUGCUUUCGGUCUUAAUUGCUCUUUUGCUUAAUAUAAGUUGCUCCCAAGCUGCCCCAGUAAAUUCUUACUCAUCAAUCGGAAAUCCUGAGUAUCCAAAAGAUGUUACUAUCCCGAGUAAUUUCACCCUUCCAAAUGGAAUUUUUUUUAAAUUUGUGUUAUAUACUGGUGGACUUGCCAACUAUAUAUGCGAUACUGCUAGUGGUCAAUGGAUAGAAGGCAAUGACAUUCUUCUUAGAUCAGCUAUUCCAAGCGAUACUUCAGUAGCGAACGUAACUGUUCUUGGUAGUUCACCAGCAUCUAAUCCAGCAAAUUAUCAUAAUGAAAUUCUUUUGGUUGAAAAUACCUCAGGACAAGGGGCAUUUAAAGACAUUACUCAUGUUAUUCUUGUAGAUUGGAAUGGCGGAGCAGCACCAGCAAUCAAUUUAU